AGUGAUCAGCUGUUCGUUCUAUCGGCUGCCGACAAGUGGGAGUACGUGCUGCAGACAGCAUUUUGGAGUUAUUCCACGAACUACGUUCCUUCAGUUGUUUCUUUGGAGAUGUCGUUUGAUAUAAAUAAAGGAAUACAUCUAACGUGUUUCUUUGGAAUGGGGUUAUCCUAUUACGCUUAUGUUGUGGAAACGACCAAGGAGCAUGACGAAAGUUAUGUUGCAAUGUGUGACAUCAGUGAACACAUGAGCUGUUCCAAAGCGUUCAUGUCAUCGUAUGGGAAAGGAUUUGGGAUUGCACGACACAUUUUUGGCGAAGACUCUAUACUGAAUCAGCCGAACAGUCUCGGAGGAAUGUUGUUUUAUUGUGUGUUGAUCGGGCUAAAUUUCGUGUGCAAUGUGUGGGCCACUAAGCUGAUGCUCGUUCUUGCAGCCGUGUCCAACCUUCUGUCCGUCUACCUGGCUUACAUUCUCUACUUUAUAUUGUACGAUUUCUGCGUGGUCUGCGUCAGCACAUACGGCAUCAACUUAAUUAACUUUUUACUGAUCAUCGUAAAACUUCGGAGACUGUCUCGUCACAAAGACUGCGGGCCGCAGCUCAGGUCUGCCCGUAAGAAGAGGAACUAAUCAUCACCUGGGCCAAUGGUCAUGCUUUCUACACAGUGACCACACUCUCGUGAAUUUGAAGGGAGACGGAAAUGCAGCAGAGACAGCGCAUUCGGCCCGAAAGCCUGCUGGAUGUGAUAGAAUUUGGUCGAUGACCUAUUACCAAAUAUUUACCUUUGAUGUAUGUAUCUUAUCUCAGGAAGAGGAAGUGGAAACAUGCGAUAGAUGGAAUAAGCAUGUCACUUCAUAAUUUUAUAUACCAAUCAACUUGCUAGGCGUCUUACGUACCAUUAUGCAUUUUUUGCCUGAGUGCAGUUAGUUACCCGAAUCAGUCCAGAUGAAAUUUGGCGUAUGAAAUUAAAAUACAAGAUUUCGUAUCAACAGAUUUUCCAACUUUCGAGGCGUUUCAUUGAAUCGAGCGCAUAUAUUUUAUAUUAGUAUUAUGCUCCUUUUACAGUGCACUGGUACUUUAAUUUUCAGCGACGUGUUUCGGCGUUUAGGCUAUUAGCAGCCAAAAAUUACAUGCGUUACGUAAAUACCAAAGCAGAAUGCUUGAUACAGAAGCUACGUAAAUAAAAUAUGUACUAAAUCAUCCUGAUGAUAAAAUGUUCUUCUUUGAGCCUUGUCGGUGUAACGGUGUUGUCAACACAGGAAGGUGAGUGUUCUGUUGCUAAGCGGAUAACUCUAAGCCCGUUUUCCUUUAUAGAAUCAGUCUAAAGUAUGUGUACCACUUGUGAGAUAUGAGGUUGUGAUGUUGAUGAUGACGACGACGACCCGAGUUUUGGUGCCAUUUAGACUUGUCGGUACAUGGCAACGUUUCGGAGAAACAUACUUUCUACAUGUUCAGGCCUGAAUUGGCGAUACUUGGUGACUCUUUAUUGGCCUGGAAAAUUUUCUUCCUCAUUCCUGAUUGGCCCACUCCUUAAAUGUUUUCUUUAUUUAACCUUACGUAAAUCCACCCAUUUCCCAGCAUCGCCACUUCAGCCUUGAAGAUGGAAGCAAUAUGUUUCUCAGAAACGUCGUCGUCUACCAACGAGUCUACAUGGCGCCAAAGCCCAGAACAACAACGCAAUCAUGUGUCCGGUAUUUACACUUGGAAUAGGUUAUUUGUUGUUGGCAUGACUCCUGUAUUACAAGAAGAUUAAGAAUGCUUUACACGAAGAGACGCAAUUCACCAAUUUUUAUGGUUUUGUAAUUCCAAACUCUGUGGACCAUGACUGUCAUUUGUUGUUAUUAAUAAACAAAGGGCAUUUAUAUUUAAGACUGAGUGUUCUUUAUAUAUUGAAUGCAAAGUAACUGUACCUUGUGCAACAUCAGUGUCAUUAGGACGCGAUUAUAAAAUGGGUGAAGAGUUCUGCAUACAAAUUUAUAAGACCUCUAUGAAGUUGAUAACCUCGAUUAUAAACAAAGCCUCAGUCUGUAACAUCCAGUAUCUGCAUGGGCAAUACAACUGCGCAAGAUACUUAGCAGAACGCUGUGAUAUUUCCUGGUCUCGUACAGAAUAAAUAUAACUGUAGACGA